CUGACUUCUGUCUGUAAUGCUGGAGAACAGCAGAUGCUGCAGACACCAGUGAAGAUUGAAGUGAAACAGGAGAUAGAAACAGAAAUCACAGCAGAGGAAGAUCAAAGUGAAGAUGAUGAAGAUUUUAUUCCUUCAGAGCUGAGCUGAUGGUGGUUCUGGUGAUGGUGGUUCUGCAGACAGGGUGGAGUUAAGCGGUGUCUUCACGAUCUGAUGGAAGUCAAAGAGGAAAGUCAAGAGCUGAACGAAGUGGAGGAGAAACUUCAGUAUCAGAAACAUCAUGAUUUCACAACUGGAGACGAAUCUUUGAGUGACUCAAAGACUAAGAAUUUCUCACCAGAAAAGUCUCAAAGAAGCACAGCAAAAAAUACUUUCACCUGCUCACAGUGUGGAAAGAGUUUCCCAUAUAAAAGCUGGCUUCAUAGACACCUUAGAGUUCAUGCUGGAGAGAAACCCUACAUGUGCCAUCGGUGUGGAAAAAGUUUCACUUUUAAAGGAAACCUUAAUGCCCACGUGAAAACUCACACAGGAGAGAAGCCUUACACGUGUCAUCAGUGUGGGAAAGGUUUUAAAUGUAUAAAAUAUCUUAAGGUGCACACAAGAGUUCACACUGGAGAGAAGCGUUUCUCAUGCCAUCAGUGCGGGAAAAGUUUUCUUCAAAAAGAACAUCUUAAUGUACACAUGAGAAUUCACACUGGAGAGAAACCUUACAAGUGUUCACACUGUGGAAAGAGUUUAAUUUGUUCACAUAGCCUGAAAGCACAUGAGAGAAUCCAUACUGGAGAGAAACCAUACCACUGCUCUUCAUGUGGGAAGAGCUUUAACCAAUCAGGUCACCUACAGAAACAUUUAAAAAAUAAUUGCUCAAGAGUCAGUGAACAAAAAACAUCAGGCCCAACGGUAUCAAGUAAAUAGUUUUAUCUAAAUAGUAAUAGUGAAUUCAGAUAAACCCAAAGAGCAAAUAUCUCCCAAGAGCUGCAUCAUCUAAGAUCAAUACAAAGGAUAUUUAAGACUUAUUCAGAGAACUGAAUUUUUGAAUGGGCUAAAUUAAUAUUUUACUGGAAACGAAAGAGACUUAAGUUUCUUAUUACCUUACAGUUAUGAAAUUUGGCUGACAAUUAAUUUUUCAAACAAAUAAUUGCAAUUAUGAUGAUUAAUUGUAAUACAAAUUGUCACCUUAAAAAGUUAUUGAUAUUUAACUUGCAAUCAUAAAAUAAGGAUGUGUGAUUCCCCUUAAAGCUUUAAAAACGUAUGGACCACACUUCGCUCUCCGAUUGAACCCACAGUUCCUUAUUUUUCAUGAAGACUGAAGGAAGAGAUUCAGUGAUUUUGAAAAUCGAUUUCUUCAUUCUAUCAUCUCCACAGAAAUAAAGUGUUCUCCUCAUCUGUGUCACUGCGUGUCCUUAACACUGCAUGCAUGAACCCACAACGACCAAGAACAUUUGCCAUUACACAAUUGUAACAUUUAAUAUUGAAUAUGAAUAUUUUUGACCAAUCCCGAUUUUAACAAAGAACUAUUGGCUGAUACCGAUAGUCAGACAUCAGAUCAAUGUUUUGCUCAGGAAUUAAAUUUUAAAAAUGUACAGAGGCAAAAAAGCUUUUGUUCUAGCAAUAAAUAAUUUCCAUUGAACUUGGAUUGAAUCUGUUGAACACAUGACAGGCCAAAGGUAAAGAUAAAAUUAAAAAAAAAUUACGAAUAUGAUAACACAAUGAUUGACAUUUUUUUUAUUUUGUACUUCUAAAACAUUUUUGCACAUUUGUUUUUGCAGUUCAAAACAACAUAACUCACAUUUGACAUGUUUGUACUGUAUACAGUAUAAUAGAACAUCACAAAUUCGUAUUAUGCAUAUGCUGGGCAAUUCCAUGGAAAUUUUAACCACAUCAUGGAAAAAUAAAAUGUUACCAAAGGAACAAAACACCCUUUCAAGUUCUAUCGUUGUGUAAUGUAUAAUGAAAAACGCUGUCCAGACCGCUAGAGGGUGCCGCAUGCUUACACAAUGCUGACUGAAGUGCAGUUUGCAGUCUAGUUUUAAACGCAGGCUUUCAAGCUUUUGUAAUCACGCAAAACCAUAUUGUGAUUUCAAUCUUAAUCAAGCAGUCUAAAUUGAUUCCAUAAUAAUGCUCAGAAGUCAACAUUUGCUGGUUUCAAAGCAUUUUGAUGAAUAUAAGUGCCGUUUUCACUACUGUCACGUCUGUAACGAUGGUUUUUCCUCGCUUAUGUGAGAACGAGAAAUGUUCUUAGGAGUGCCAACCAUUCUACGUUCUCUGGCUAUCAUUAUUAUCCAUUUGUAUUCACAGAGUUUUUACAAAGUGUGUUGAUAAUUAUAAAUUAACCAUCUGUUUUUCAUAUCUGUGUUUUCAUGUUUAUUUUUAUGCGAUUUUCCUAUGGUUUUAAUUUGGCCAAUAAUUGGCUGAUAAAUAUUGUCGGCUGAUACAUUGAUGCAUUCCCGCAAGACUUUUUUGACUGUGAUGGCCCAUGUGGGUACAGACUCAUUCAAGGGUGGCACGAUGCGUAACUCAACAUCCCUGAUGUUAUUAUUAUUAAUAUUAAGGUGUACAUUUUCAUGGACAUUUUAAUAGCUGAAUGUUACUUGGCUAAAUAAUUGAUUAACUGAUUUUAAAUAUUAAUACUGCAAAACAGAUUCAGUAUAAUUUGAAUGUAUGUAGUGUCCCUUGAAACUGCAUAAAUUUGAUGGACACUGCUAAUAUGAACUAUUUUGUUGAGUUGUUGCUGUUGGAGGGAUG